AUGCCCCGGCGUCACCCCCGCUCCUGGGCCCAGCAGGUGGCGCCCGAGGGGCUCCCCGGCGAUGGCGUUCGCCGAAGGAAAGACCCGGGGCUGCCCAGGCUACUUCUGCCCGAGCUCCGAGCAUCCUCUGGCGUGCGGGGCUUCUCCUGGGGGUCGAGGGCCUCGGGGAGCGGCGCCGACUGGUGGGAGGACGCGGGGUGGGCCCGCGAGCCUCAGGAACCGGCGCCCUCGCGCCCCGGGCCUGGACCGUGCGAGGACCCGCGCAGGGGCUCCGCCAAGGAGGCCCCCGACUCCUUGGGCGCCCUCGUAGGAGAGCUCCUCCCCAGCCGGUUCCGAGAGUUCCUGUGCCAGCUCGGAGUCCAGUGUACCCAGCAGACAAAGCCACCGACACCCUCAGCAUCGCAACAUCAGCGGGGUGUAUCAGAGCACUGCGGAAGUUCUCAGUGUCCCAGCGGCUCCUUCCUCCCAGACCUCCAGGACCAGUCAUCACACUUCAAGAAUAGUCUUAAGAAGAUUUUGCUCCAUCAGAUACCUGCCCUGGGGCCCUUGAGGAGAGACCACUCACAAUUUACCACAGUCAAGAAGGCCAACCACAGGCCCCACGCUACACAGGGUCCCAAGCUCAAGGCUGUGCUCACCCACAACUCCUCGGGGGAAGGCUCAGGCCACCGCAGGCGGUGUUGCCCUUUCCGAGUGAGGUUCGCUGAUGAGACACUGAGGGAUGCAGCGCUCCGCUACUGGGAGCGCAGCUGUGCAGCACAGCAGGGUGUCACCGAGAACAGGACAGCCAACCGGUCAGGGUCAGCGGCAUCGGAGCAGGUGUUAGGGAGUGUCGGGAGAUGGCUGGAGAGUUUGCCCAAAGCCCUGUACCCCGGGGCCAAGGAGGAGACCAUGGACAACUCAUUCACCUGGGACUUCCCUGGCUUGUCCACCCAGGAGCCGAAGGGCCACCUCUCUGAGGACACCUCCAUGAACAGCAGCCUGCCCUUCAUCCCUAGGGCCACCAUCCCGAGGCAGCGGGGGGACCUCAAAACCUUCCUGGAGCAGGUGGGCAAAUCGCCCUGUUCCUGGAGCCAGAAGCUGGAGUCCUUCCUGCCCAGCCUGGUGUUGCACACUGUCUUGAAACGAGGCCACCCUAAGGGGUACCAGCUCCUCCUGCCUUCCGCAACAUCUCAUCGUGCUCAGAGAUAAAUGGCCACUGGAACCCAAGCCCAGGCAUGGACAUGGGCCGGGAGUGAGGAGAGGAUUUCCCUGCCCUGCAAAUAAACACACAUCCCAGGUGGCUGGAACCUGCUGCCAGGUCUCACCAUACAGGGUUCUCCAGGUGC